AGGGAAAACUACUGCGCAUGCGCACUCGGACUGGUCAAAACUGCGUCAACUUCAGGGUUUGACAGCUAAACUUUCUAAAGAUUUGGGAAGUUUUAGGACAUGAGCGAAGAUGGAUGAGGACGAUGCAUUCGAGGCCCCUCGGAGGAACGAGUACCGCUACCUGGUGCAGGAGGACGAGGACGAGGAGGUGCAGUACGUCCGGCGCCGGCACUACAUCAGCCCCUUCCUGGUUCUGUCCAAACGCUGCAUCUUCCUGAUCUGCCUCGGCGUGGUCGCCCUGCUGGCGCUCGCCGCCUACCUGGGCUACGUGGCGCAGACGCUGCCGCCGGGACGCGCACAGGUGUCGACGGACUGCGGCGAGUUCAGAGGAAAACAUGAAAAUGGCGCCUACUCCUUUAAGGGCAUUCCCUUCGCCGCUCCGCCGGUCGGUGAGCGGCGCUGGGCUCCUCCGUCCGACCCGCCGUGUACGCAGGGCGUGACGGACGCCACGCGCUUCCGCAGCGUCUGCGCUCAGCUGCGGCCGAUGUCGAGCGCCGGGAAGGCGAUCGGCCAGGAGGACUGCCUGUUUGUCAACGUGUGGACGCCCACGCUGCGGCCGGACGCCGCGCUGCCCGUCAUGGUCUGGAUCCACGGGGGAUCCCUGCAGACGCUCAGCGGCGGCGAGCCCGGAUACUCGCCCACGGAGAAGCUGGCCGCCGACACUCAGCUGGUUUACGUCAGCUUCAACUACAGACUCAACGCUUUCGGCUUCCUGGCUCUGGAGGUGUUGAGAGAAGGUUCUCCAAGAAACACCUCAGGGAACUACGGUUUCCUGGACCAGAUCGCGGCGCUGAAGUGGGUCCAGAGGAACAUCCGCGGGUUUGGAGGAGACCCUGGAAGAGUCACGAUAUUUGGUCAGAGCUCAGGCGGGACUUCGGUCUGGACCUUGAUGACGUCGCCGCUGGCCAAAGGUCUGUUUCACGGCGCCGUGGAUACGAGCGGCUCGUACGUUCUGAACGCGACGCUGGAAAAAGCCGAAUCGGACAACCUGGUGUUCCUGAAGAAGACGGGCUGCAAAAACCUGACCUGCCUGCGAGGUCUGCCCAUGACACAGGUGCUGCAGGCCAUUCCAUGGGACCAGUACCCGUCCUGGGCCGGAAGGGAUCUAACCGACCUCCCCACCAGGGGGCGCCUCGUCGGGCCGGUCGCCGUGGUGGACGGGUUCGUCCUGGAAGCUCCGCCCUUUGAGGUUUGGGAGAAAAAGCUCAACUUCAGCGACGUGCCGUUUGUAGUCGGGACGACGGAGCAGGAGGCAGACUUCAGCGUUUGCCUCCACAGUCCUCCUGCUCUGAACAUCUCUGAGUGGACCUGGGGCGACUACAGGUGGUUUGUAACAGAAAAGCUCCAGUCCUUCGGUCCGGAUCUCCCUAAAGACGCUCUGGAUCUGUACCCGUCCUCGGCUCCCUGUCCCACCACAGACCGCUGUCCGGAACGGGCCUUCACCACCAUGGUGUCUGACAUCAGGGUCACCUGUCCCAACAACGACCUGGCCAUGAGGGCUGCAGCGGCUCUCAGCAGUCCGGUGUAUCGAUACGUUGUGACCCACACGCCCUCCGGACCCGUCAACACGACCAACGGGCUGCUGACGUUUCCCAGCCGCUUCUCCUUCCACUGCCUGGAUGUUCUGGCUUUCUUUGGAGAACUGGACCGCUUCCUGUCCAAACCUCUGUCUCCUCAGGACCGGAGCUUCCAGCAGCUCUUCACUCACCACCUGGUCCACUUCACCAAAACAGGGAGGAUGGAGGCGGCGUGGCCGGAGUUCCCAUCAGGCAUUGCUCUGCUGUCGGAGAAGCUGGAGGUGAAGAAGAACCACUCGUCCACUCGCUGUGAUCUGUGGCAGAGGAACGGUCUGUACGACUACGCCUGGAUGAACUGAGCGGCUGGUUCCUCCCUGCUUCCUGCUGCUGUGGAGUUCUCCACCCUAACGGACAUUUUUCAGCUCAAAACGCUUGUUUGUUGUGAUUUUUAUGAACCACUUCAGCUGAUGGUAGUUUAACUGUCCAACCAGAUCCGCUGGGAGUUUAAAAAGUGUCUCUGUGGAAACAUGACGGAUGUUUCUGGGUGAAUUCAGUCGGCCUGACGGAGCUGAAGACCAAAGAAAAGUGGGAAAUGAGGGAAUUCGGGUGGAGAUGUUUAAGAUGGUGACAGAAAUAAUAAUAAUUUUUGGAUCCAUAAAGGGAAAAAAAACAAUCAAAACUCCUCCAACCACUAUGACUCGUCAUCAUGUUUCAGUCCAGAUCAGGAACUUCAGCUGGUUUUCUUCCUGUAGAGGUGAAUUAGUUCAUCUGUUCAGCUGAAAAUGACUCCAUCUGCUGUUUGCUGUUUCCCUACAAACACAUUUAGCCAAACUGAGAGUUUCAGCGUUUAAAUCCUUGAAGACGGACCAAUCAGAACUUCAUGUUUUAUUUUUGUUUUUUACUUUAGAUCAGAGUUUAUAUUUUUAUAUAUCAAUGGUUUUGAAAAACCCAGAAAUAACUGCCCUGCUUGGCCAGUAGGUGGCGACAGAUGAGUUCAGCUGCAACUCAGUGAUAUUUUAUUCACCUUCACAAAACUCCACCUGAACCCCUGAAACAAAUCUAAAUAAUUACAUUCAUAAAUUACUGAAUUAACUUUUUUCAAAAGAAACAGAAAGUACAUUUAAUUUAAAAAAUACUUUACUUAAGAUUGUUGUUGAUGGCUGUAAGCAGGACGGAUCUCCUGUAGCAGUUUGUGUUACAGCGACUCUGAAGAAGCUUCCAACUGAAGAUGCUCUGUAAAAAUGCUUUAAGAAGUAAAAAUAUAUGACAUAAUAUCCAAAAACUUAAAAAUAUAUGAUACAAUUUCACCUUUUGGUGAAAGUUGAAAUGUUCCAGGUAGUGCUGAACCCUGCUAAGCUGGACACAAGAAGCUCAAAGAGGAUUUAAAACACAACAGAAGAGCAAAGGAGGAAAAAGGUCACUUCCUGUUGCAAAGUAAUAAGAAUAUCUCUUCUAAUUAAAGAUAAUUUAACCAGUCAGGAUGAAAGCAAGCAGCUGCAGAGGUUGGGGCUUCACACCUGCUCUCCGUCUCGGCCCUCCUGGUUCACAGGCGUGGCAUUGGACAGACGGCUAAAAAUAAGGAAGUAAAUCAUUCAAACAGAAAUAAAAACGGGUCAAAGUAAUAAGUACAUGAAAAAAAUUUUAAAACUUCAGGCAGAUCUUCCUUGAUGUCUGAAAAUCGGCAUCUCUAUAAUUUUUUUAUAUUUUCUUCCUAUAAUUAUUUGAAAUUAUAACAUUAGUUGGAAUUUGCCAUUUUUUCCCUCAGAGUUGAGCAUCUUCUCUCUGUGCAUAUCUUUGUCUGCCACUGAGUGACCAAGGCAGAAGCAACAUAAAGAUUUUUAAUAUAUUUGAACCUUUUUAGUUGGUAACCAUGUUGAGACGUGAAACUCCGUCCUGAUUUCUAAAAUAAUGUUUUAACAUUUCUGCCAAACAUUAUUAAUCAAGCUGUGACAAAAUUAUUAUUUUGCUCUUGUACAAAGAAAUGUGAAGAAAAAAUAAUCACAAGGCAUGCCGCUGUCACCACCGUGCUUCUGUGUGAGUGUAGCGUUGCCAUGGUGAUUAGCGCUACGUUUGGACCAAAGCAGCAGGUUGAAAAACUUUCUUUCCUCUUUUCUUGCUCCUCUCGUGUUAAAAACUUGUUUUAUGGUCUGUCCCGCCUGCUGGCUGACCUUUGACCUCUCAGAUUAACGCCCUCCCCUUCAGUCCAGGAGUUUCAUAGCUUUGCCCUUUCACGCCAGGUUUUUCUUGAUUUCUAGAUUUAUUGUAGCUCUAUGAAACGUCCAGAGAUCUGAUUCAGGACCCAACCUGACCUGCAUCUCAGCAGAACUUUGUCCCCGACCCGUUUGGAGAGCUUUAAAUCGUUUGCAUUUCACUUUUACUGAAUUUAUUUUGGAUUUGUUUGUAAUAGAAACAGCAGGAGGUGGAAACAUGUCGGUAUUUCUCAUCUGUCAUCGAAAUGGAUUGUUUGUAUUUUAACAGAAAUGUUUGGCAGCCGAAUCUGACGUCACAAAAAUGAGGGAGAAUUUCACUUUUCAUAGGAUAACAUAAAAAUAAAUAUAAUGUGUGAAGUAUUAAACGUUUAGGGAAUUUUUUUGCACUUUGCAGAGAACAAAUCACUUUUAUAAUGUUUGUAUUUCCUGUUUUAACACAUUCCUGCUGUCUGUUGUUUUAAAUUGUUUUUUAAUGAUGUUUGUGGUUUGCAGUCUUGUUCUGUGUUUAUGGGAGUUUCACCUUUUUAUAUGAUCAAUAAAUGAACAUAAUGUGAAAA